UACAUAAUUGUCAUGGUUCCGUCAAAAUCGGAGCGUGACCGCUGGCGUCAUCGCAUUAUAUGUAUUGAUUAAUACUUAAUAAACAUUGUUAAAUAAUAAAAUUCGGUUGCUCGUAUCGCCCGACAAUUUCUCCCCGAAUCUCCACCAGAGGAAAGAAGCGUAGAGGAAACCGCACUAAAUAAUCCGAUCAUUUUGAGCAAAAUAUUUACCCAGACCUCCGCCCCCUUGAAAACUGCACGACUUGUUUGCCAAUUCUGGAAUGAAAUCGUCCUCUCCCUUCCAAAUACAGGACUCUCUUUAAGAUUGGACGCCAAAUAUGACAAAAAUGGGGACCCUCUGUCCUUUUACGAAUUAUGUUCCUCAGCCGAUGCCCGGCUUGCGAAACAUAUAAGCGCCAGGCAUGGCUCCCAGGGUAUGUACGACAUCACCUGCAAGCUUACCCAUUUUUGUGAUAAGUUUAGCGAUAACGUGGAAAUUUUGGAGCUUUCCCUCGAUAACGAACACUACUUCAAAUGUAUUCAUCAAAUCUUAACCAAAGGCUGCACGAAUUUGAAAGAGUUGCAAAUUUAUUGCCAAAUUAAUCCCAAUCUCUACAACCUUUUGCUCAAGUCGCUACCACCAAAACCAAAGUUGACAUCGUUUGUACUCAAUUCUGCAUCGGAGACGCCGAUACAUGUUCUUCAAAACUUUGCUCAGAUCGUUAUCAGCGCCUCGCCAAAUUUAAAGGAGGUCACGUUUACAUGGGGAAUCUAUCCCGAUUUUAAAAAUUCUAAAUUUCUCUCGUACUUAACGAUCUCCCUGGAUAACCUCGACGCAGCUGAGAUCGGUCGCUUUGACCCGGCAGACCUGUCACGUGUGCUGUAUCAGGUUGGUGGUGAACUGGUCAGUCUAUGUUUUGGCGAAUACGAUCGACGGAAAUCCAUCUCCGGUUCGAAAACCUGGAUAAGGAAAGAAUUCCGGUUGCCAAGAAAAAUGCCAAAAUUGAAAAAGUAUCGAAACCUGCUGAUCGACGUUUUUCAGUGUGACGACGUCUUUCAAGAUUUUGAGAAAAUGCCCGCCCUGAAAACGCUGGUGAUUGGACAGACAGAAUCAACAAAUUCUGCACGUUUGCACGAAAUUUUGCAAGCUAUUGUCACCGCGGGGAAGAUUUUGGGGAAUGUGAAGACUUUGAAGAUCUUUGAGAUACAUGACGCCAUUCUUUUUGCCGGAUUGAAGACAGCGUUUCCCAACUUGGAGAGGUUUGAGGUGGACACGUAUAAUAUCGAGGAUGACCGCGGGGAGGAGAGUGGGAUGAAGUUGGGCGUGGUGCUUAACACGUGUGGGGGUUGGAGACGGUUGAAACACUUGAAAUUAGGACUGCCAAUGUAUCCGAAGGAAGCUAAAGACUUCCUUCAGCCUGUGUUGGAUUGCUUGAAAUUGUGUAAAGAGCUGAAAACGUUGAGAAUGUUGACAUACUACUGGUUUAUUUGUCCAUCCGAUUUGACCGAGUUCGAGAUGGACCUGUUUAAACAACUGCUCCUCGCGUUGGAUGGAAUGGACGAGGUUGAAAUUCAAAACUUUUAUUGUACCCACAAAUCCGCCAGAGACAUGUGGAAACUCAUCGACUCAAAGAAAAUGUGGAGGUUUAAGAUAUUUCAGCAAAUUCCGAAUAAGAACCGCUUCGAAUUUUGACUUUGUACUAAAUUAUUUUACCGGGGAACGAUAAAGUUAGAGCUUCUUACUGCAAAAAUUUGUAACUUUGAAAAUUAGAAAUUCAACCACAAGUUUAAUUAAUUUAAAGACCUCCUGAUGAAGGAAUAAGCAUUCUGGAAGUUAGUGUCACAUUUACAAGAAAUGCGAUGUCCUUAAAAUCCUUGCAUUUUUCUUCAUAUGAAUUAAUUUAAUGUUUUUUUAUUCCAUACCAUUCAAGUACUUUUUGAAAUGCUUAUGCUUUUAAACAGUUUGUAGGUUAACUAUUGAAUAAAUCUCAUUUUAAUUUACGUUA